AUGGAAUCUACAUACAUUUCUCUGCUUCUACCAUCAUCUGCACACCAAAUUGGGACUCCCCAUGAUGUGGAAACUGUGUCUGACCAUGUUGAUGACAUUGAAGUGUUUUUGAAUGGAGGAGACACACCUUUCUGGGCCCCUUGGAGGAAGAAUCACGCUAACAAGGACUAUAUAAUAGAAGAGACUACUAAUACGGUCGAAUCUGAAAAGGUCAAGUUUGCAUUUGAUCUCACUCAAGUUGAGGAUUACGAAGGAGAUUUCGCCUGUUGGUUGUCCAAAUCUGUAUUGACGAGGGGUCACAUGUUCGUUACUACAGAGCAUAUUUGCUUCUACACGAGUCUUCCCCAAGAUCAACCUGUAACAAAGAGUGGCUAUUUAUCAAUACGCUGUCAACCAACUGCAACAUACUCGAUUCGCAAACUCACAGUCGACAAGUGGGCUGAGGCUCUAGUUACUCUCACUACCGACACCAAGAUAGCCGACAAGAUCAAGGUUCUUGGUGCCAAGAUCCGUAGUGAACAUGGCGUUGGUCAACCAGUCAAGUUUAUAUAUCGAGAGUUGGAAUACUAA